AUGCCAUCGGCAAGGAAAAAAUUAAUGUUUAUGGCUGGAUUUUCUGUCAGUCUGGGAACCUGCAUGAUAAUAUCUGCAAUAAUGGCAACGAAUGCAUGGGUCGACACCGUCGUAGGCUGUGAAAACCAAAGUGGCGAUGCGUAUGGAGAAUUGAAACUUAAAUAUGGGCUAUUUGAAGGUUUGCGUACCAAAGCUGGUUGUCCGAUCCUCAUUGGUGACGGGAAUAUCAAUGUUUUGGAAUGUCUUGAAAAUGGAGGAAGUGCAAGAGUUAUCCACAUCCUAGUUAUCCUGUUCCUUGUUUUUGGACUGUUGUUUUCACUGCUAAGUGCCAUUGUGACCUUUUACAACAGUGUCAGUAAUCCAUAUGAAAACAUCUGUGGACCUAUCAGUAUUUAUGCAUGUAGCUCCAUUAGCUGUAUUUCAACGUUUUUGGCGAUGAUUCUGUUUGCAGCAAAUACAGCAGCAAAUAAUUUAUCAACAAUACUGGUGAAGAAUUCCAUCAAAGGGAGCCUGGUUACAUUGGCACAUAAGACUAAUAGUUAUGAGUACUCAUUUUGGCUUAUCCUGCUCUCACUGGCACUCAGUGUUUCCACGAUUGGAAUUACCUACGCGUAUCAACAUGCAAACUACAGCAUAGAAAGAGAACAAAAAAGACCAACUGAAAAUGCAACCAAUGAUGUUUUCAUGUACUAGUUUGUGUGGACUAGGAAAUUUGAAACUAUUGUGAGAAAUAUUAUAGAAGUGACGGGUCAUUUGUUGGGAUAUCU